AGGCUCGCAAGAGGAGAAGAUGGAGAACGCUUCAGUUUAAUGUAUAUUUUCUAGCCAGUAUUACAUAAAAUCGAAACUUCAAGAACACGUUAUUCUUCUGCUGCGUAAUCUGCUCACCAGCGUUCUUUUACCAAAACAUUUUACCGAUAUUCAUAGCCGUUUGGUGGAUUCUCCCUCAGGAAUCUCUCAAUCAUCAGUAAGUUAACUGAUAAUCCGAGAAACUUAUGGGUCUUCUUUCAAUCAUUAUGACGUGUCUACUGGGUUCAUUUCCCCUGGUAUCGUUGCUCAGCACUUCAGCGAGUUGAAUCAUAAAAAAAGCUGUUGGCUUUGACACUGUCCCGGGAAACUUCUUGACGCAUGUUUCUCACAUGAUGAUAUUGUAUGUGUACUAUAUUUACCGAGCCUCUCUAAGGAGGGUGUAUUUUUCAACCAGUUGAGAUGCCACGACGGUCAUUCCGAUCCCGAAGUCAGGUAAAGAUAGACUCCUUCCUGGUAAUUACAGGCCUAUCAAUUACAGUCUUCUGUCUGUCCUAUUAAAAGUAUUUGAGAACAGUGUUCGUAAUCCUCAUGGAUCAUGUGAGUGGGUAUUCUCUGAUAUCUCCAUUCUAGAGUUUCAUAAUUUUAGAGUGGUCACUUUACAACAAAUCAACAAAUUGAGGAGAAGUUUAAUUCCAAAAAAAAUUCACAUUCAAUGUAAUAUAUGCGGCUUUCGACCGAAGUAGCUCCCCCUUGUAUGCGAUGCUGUUACUAGAAGAAGGCUUUUGAUUGGUCGAGCGCGGACUGGAGGGGGAAUGCGCAACCGUGCACAAUGACAGGCCGUGGUAAGGGAGGAAAAGGAUUGGGAAAAGGAGGAGCAAAGCGUCAUAGAAAGGUUUUGCGUGAUAACAUCCAAGGUAUCACCAAGCCAGCCAUCCGUCGUCUUGCUCGUCGUGGCGGUGUGAAGCGUAUUUCUGGAUUGAUCUACGAAGAAACGCGUGGUGUAUUGAAGGUGUUCUUGGAAAACGUUAUCCGAGACGCCGUAACCUACACAGAACACGCCAAGAGGAAGACUGUGACGGCUAUGGACGUAGUCUACGCCUUGAAACGUCAAGGAAGAACUCUGUACGGUUUUGGUGGUUAAUUUCUCUUGCCGCAUUCACGUCCUCACAAACAAACGGCCCUUUUCAGGGCCAA